AUGCAUUGGAAAGCACUGCGCCUCGGCUCCUCCGACAACGAAGCCAAACGACGGAGCUAUCUGUACGAUCCACCGCAAUCCCGUCACAGCGAACAGCUCCCUCGUCCGACGCUCUCGACGACCGCCCUUGCCCCCAGACAUUCCGAAUCUGCUCCACGGUCACCAUCGCUGGCUGGUCCAGAUGACGCCGAGCACAAUGACGACCAUAGGGCUGAUGGCCCUAGCCUCACACAAAGUCGCAGUCGCGCUGAAGAACCCACCGUGAGGCCUAGAAACACUGGGAACUCACUGUUGCCGGGCAGCGGCCCGAAUUGGCGCAUGAACCGUUUCAGUUUCAUGAGGCUUCGUCAUGCGUCGGACCCGCAAUUGUCCAAGUCGUACGCUAAAGCAGAGCAGGAGAUCCCUCCUGUGCCAUCCUUGCCUCCGCCUACAAUCAUCACGACCGCGCCGACAAGCCAUGAACUCGAGGAGCCGGUAAAGCGAAAGAACAAAUUCAAACUGUUCCCCGAUUCGAAAACCCCGACGGUGGAAGAAAUCCCCCCACAACAAUCCACAAUUAAUGGGAAGUCCAGGCAUACUGCCCAGGGCUCGACGGGGUCGCAGACGGUGAAUCCAGGCCGACCAGAGUCUCGAGUUAGCGGCGAGGAACCGGGUCGUCUAUCGACCACAUCCAUACGGAGCAGUGGUCGUGAUCAACCUGGUGACUCUCAUCGCUCUUCUGUGACAGAUGCACGGUUUUCCGAGUCAUCCCGUUCUGAUCAAGAUCGUGGGGAUCAUGGCUCUUCGGCCUCGCGUGGAAUUCCAACGAGCGAGGGUUCAAUUUCCAGCACAAAACGAUUCCGUAUGCCUCGCUUAAAGAGGAAUAAGGGGCCCCUCUUUCCCUUGCCCCCCAAGCCAACAGCUUCGCAGUCGCUCAAUGGACGUGCGCCCAAGUCCAUACCGGAUUCUUCGAUUCCCACGUCGGAUGUUUCAGAUGAUCAUGACCGGGAUCACGUCUCUCCCCUGCCGUCGCCGUCGCGCUCCUCAGCUGGUGUCUCCUCUCCUCGGCCCCCUCUGUUAAGAAAGGACUCGGCAAAUUCCGCUCAUUCGAGCCAUUCAACGCCAUCCAUUCGAACACGUAAGCCGCCUACCACGCGGGCUCGCUCAUCUACGUUGGAUUCUUUGGCCAAUAUCCGGGACAAUGAGCCGCAACAGUCGCCCCAUCUCACUUCGUCUGGACGAACGUCUACUUCAACCAGUGGAAGGAAAAGUUUUGGCGAUAUCUUCAACAUCCCACAGCGGCUGCGGCAGAACUCGGAGCCCCCGUUCCCCAGGAGUGGGUCUCCUGCGGCCAGGGGCGCGGAGACUCCGGUCACCAAGUCGCCUUCUUAUCCGGAAAGACAGGAAGGUGAUACCCCGACUACGUAUUUGGAGCGGCUUGAGGCAACCGUACCCAAGAGUGUAAUUGCCAGUGUACUCUCUCAAUCGAACGAUGAGUUCUAUAAGAACGCUCUGCGCAAGUACAUGAGAGGAUUCUCCUUCUUUGGUGAUCCGAUCGAUAUGGCCAUUCGGAAGCUAUUGAUGGAAGUGGAACUGCCAAAGGAGACCCAGCAAAUCGACCGUUUCCUCCAGAGCUUCGCUGACCGAUACCAUGAGUGUAAUCCGGGUAUCUUUGCGAGUACUGACCAGGCAUAUUUCAUUGCGUUUUCGAUCCUGAUCUUACACACGGACGUCUUCAACAAGAAUAAUAAACGGAAGAUGCAGAAACCAGACUAUGUCAAAAAUACCCGUGGAGAAGGCAUUUCGGAAGAUAUCUUGGAGUGCUUCUAUGAGAACAUCUCCUACACACCCUUCAUUCGCAUCGAGGACACGAAUCCCAACGGCCGCCACCUUUCAAAGCCUCGCCGAACAUUGUUCAAGACGGCCAGCUCCGACCACCUUGGUCGUUCUACCAGAGAGCCCGUUGAUCCAUACACCUUGAUCAUGGAUGGAAAACUCGACUCUCUUCGACCAAGUCUCAAGGAUGUGAUGAACCUGGAUGAUCCGUAUCGCUGUAAUGGAACGGAUGGACCGCCAGAUAUUGAGAACCUCCAUCGUGCCUUUUCCAAAGCCGCUGUGCUGCAGAUUGUCUCCCUGCGUUCACGGCCUGAUGCAUUUAUGCCUUCGAGUAUGGAAAACCCGAUAGAUUCCAACCCAGGCCUGGUGGAUAUCAAAGUAGCCAAGGUCGGAUUGCUUUGGCGCAAAGACCCGAAGAAAAAGAAGGCUCGAUCCCCAUGGCAAGAAUGGGGUGCCCUUCUGACGUUCUCGAAGCUCUACUUUUUCAGGGACGUCAACUGGGUCAAGUCAUUGAUACACCAAGAGGAAUCUCACUACAAAGAAGGCCGCCGCCGAGCUGUUGUAUUCAAACCGCCUUUGACCGACUUCAAACCUGAUGGGAUCAUGCAAACUGAUGAUGCAGUGUCUUUGAUCGAUAGCGGUUAUAAGAAACACAAACAUGCAUUUGUAUUUGUUCGGCACAACGCUUUGGAGGAAGUAUUCUUAGCCAAUAGCGAGUCAGAUAUGAAUGAUUGGCUGGCAAAACUCAAUUAUGCCGCAGCCUUCCGAACCACUGGCGUCCGGAGCAAGGGCAUGAUGGCUACCGACUACGAGGCGCAGCGGAAUCGGAUGAGCCGCCGGGGCUCUAGUGUUUCUCUCAACGAAAAGGAACCGCCGUCGCCAAAUCCCGGGGCAGAUAUGGGGGAAGAUCUGAUCGUCGCGCGGGAACAUCUGAUGCGCCAGAAGAUCCGCGAGGCCAAUGAGAAACUUUUCGUCAGCCAGCGACAGCUUGACGAUCUGCUAAGGAACGCUAGACAUCUGCAGGUCCUGACUCCGGUGCACUCCAGGGCGCGGGAGAGCGUGAUCAUGGCUGCGGGGCGCAUGGCUGCCAAGCUCAAGUGGGUGAGGCAGGAUAUCUGGCGUACCAGAUGCUACCGCGAAGUUCUCGUUCGCGACUUGGGUGAAGGGGACGCGGAGACACCAUCUUUGACCGAGCAAAAGCGUUUGCAGCUACAGAUUCCUGCGGAUACCACCUCCCCCGAGUCCAAGGAAACGGAGGAUGAAGCAGUGCCAGAGAAACUAGCAUCACCGAUCAAAGAGACGGCGCCGCCUUCGCCGCACCCUGAGUCUAUUAAACCUCCAUCCAUCUGCGAACCACCGGCACCCCAGCCUGUGGCAGAAGACUUGCGCAGACCGAGCAUUCCUGCAUCCUUCGCGUCUUCCGAGGCCGCUUCUCGGAUUGGUAGACGACUCUCGGUAGAGGAUCUGAAGGAGCGUACAAAGUCUUCUUCUCCCGAGCCGUCAAACCGACUGACCCGGGAAGCCUCUGUGCUCAGUGCUGCCAGCAAGCUAGAUGUCUCCAGCUUGGCUUCACGUGCCUCCAAAAUCACUUCCCCCGGAAGCUUUGACGAUGGCGAAGAGCGCGUGCUUCGCGAGGCAGGUUUGCUGGAGGUGAACACCUCUCCUCAGACCAAGAGACAAUCCCUUGUCAUCAAGGAAGGCGAUAUUGAUCAGAAGCAGAACGACACCCAAGAGACAACUCAAAUGGACCGUUCCAGUCGGAUACGCCGCAGUCUUCACCGGACUCUCCGGGAUGCGCCUGGUGUGCACCACGGUCAUCUCCCUCGCAGCAAGAAACCUCGCGACCCGGCUUCCGCCGCAGGCGCGCACGAGGACGGCCAAGGAGCGCGUGAAGGCGAAGGCUUGUCGCGCAAGUCUGCUAGCUUUACUGUUCAUGGCAAGAAGGCUUCAAUCAUCACCUUUGGAAGCGAGUGGCAGAAUAUGCCCCCCGAGGAACGGCUCAAACUUCGGAAGCCCACUCCAUCGGAAGAGCCGAGAAUGUCCGAUCCAGCUAUCACCAGUAGUGCGGACUCGAUCACCUCAGGGUCAUUGCACCCCGGCCAUCCGCACUCCCUGCGUAGUUUGAGUCCAGGCACCAGGAAUAGUGCGCAUUUCGUCGAAGAGUCAGAAAAUCUCUAUAGCCAGGUCCAGAAGGCCAAAAGCGACGAUGGUUUCGAGUCGAGCUCCAAACACACUGAAAACUCCUUCGUCACCGCGGAUCCCGACCAAUCCUCUUUGAACGAAGAUAGCAAUGCCGUCGACGAGACCACGCCCAAAAAACUUACUGCCACGCCCGAGCAAGCUGUCAACGCAUAA